AUGAUAUUCAAAAGACUGUUUUCAUCCAGUUUAUUGAAAAAUGGUGCAUUUCGUCGAAUGGCUACUCCCAAUGAGACACGAGUCCACACAGUACUACCUAAGUUAGAGACUACAUUUAUCCAACCAAAUCAUCCUGUAGCUAGUGUGCUUUUGAAUGAGCCCACUAUUGUCAUCGAAAGACAAAUGGAAAUGAUGAAUGUGUUUUUGGGUUUUGAACAGGCCAAUAGAUACGCAAUUCUAGAUGUCAUGGGGAAUCGAAUUGGAUACAUGCAAGAAAGAGACUUCUCAUUUGUAAAAGCUAUGAUGAGGCAGUUUUAUCGUUUACACAGACCUUUUACCAUGGACGUAUUUGAUAAUUGGGGAAAUGUAAUAUUAACGAUCAACAGACCAUUUUCAUGGAUCAAUUCUCACAUCAAGGCAUUAUUACCACCCACUACAGGCGGCGAAGAAGACUUGGCUCAACGUUCAUUCAAUUUAUCACCAUCGUUUUCGCAGCCAUUUGUUUCCGGGGGUCCCGUACCGCAAGCUGCAGGUGUACAAGGUGAAGGUCUCUUGGUAGGAGAAUCCAUUCAAAAUUGGCACUUGUGGAGAAGGCGUUAUGAAUUGUUUCAAAGGGAAAAACAAUCAGAGACGUCAUUUGCCGAAUUUGGUCAAAUUGAUGCGCCUUUCUUAGCCUUUGAAUUCCCAGUACUGGAUGAGCAGGGAAAAAUCAUGGCUAGCGUGGAUAGAAAUUGGGUUGGAUUAGGUAGAGAAUUUUUCACAGACACCGGUGUUUAUGUGGUGAGAUUCGAUGCAUCCCAGAGUUUCUCUGGCGUUUACCCACCUGAAAUUUUGAGCUCAGAAGUUCUAAAUUUCGAUCAAAGAGCUGUACUGCUGGCGAACGCCGUUUCAAUCGAUUUUGACUACUUCUCCAGACACUCAAGGUACGGUGGUGGACUACUGUCAUUUGGUAGCUACGACGAGUGA